AUGGAGAGGGGCGAGUUUUACCGGAAGUACCAGGAGUACUACGAAAGCGACAUAAGCCAAAUCCCGCCGCUGAUCGAGGGCAUGGGCAUCGAGCUGUAUGACUUGUACCUGAGUGUGCUGAGCCAUGGGGGGUACUCCUGUGUCAGCAGAAACUCCAAGUGGAUUAAAAUAGCCAGGGAGUUUGGCCUCAUAAAUAAAGAGAAAAAUAUAAAACUAAUUGAAGACAUCAAAUGUAUUAAGGAGUACUACCUCACCUAUCUUAGGGAGUUUGAAAGAAUCCAUGAUAAUCUAAAAAAGGGAAAGGUAUCCCCGAAGAAGCUCCGGGCGGGGAAAACCCCCAGCAGUGUCGACGUACGGUAUAAUAAAAAAAUGUCCGUUAGUAAAGCUAAUAAUAAGAAGUUGAAGACAGAGACGCAUAUGCAUAACUUGAGACGUCCGGAGCAGCUGACCGGUGUGAGCAUCCCCGGGGGGAUGGUUCAUCCGGGGGUCAUUAACAACGUGGAGCAUUUGAUGGGAAGUGCGAAGGGCUCCUGUAAAACGUUACACCCAUAUGGUAGUAACGGAAACGUAAAUCCUACAUACGUGGAUGUGUAUAAUGUAACCCCCUCGGCGAAACUGUGGAAAGACAACCUCCACCAGAAGGGAAGUGCCUACUGCUUGGAGGACUACCUCGAUGGGAGUGCACCCUGGUAUGGUGGAGACAGCAUGCAGACACAGAUGAGCAUGGGCAGCAGUCCAGUUGAACGGAGCAAAAGCAAAAGCAGCCACAAGAAGGGACUCACUAAGAAGCGCAGCUUUAAGACUGAAGGGGACUUCGCCGACGCGGACAUGCGGCCGAUGCGCCUGGCGGAUGUUAACCUCGCCAGUUAUGGGGCCUACGCGAAUUACGCGAAUUACGCAAAUUACGCAAACGGGGGGGGGGUCAUCAGCGGGGGAGGUUACCUAAACUAUGCUGGCUACCCAAACUCUGCUGGCUACCCCAACUGCGCUGGCUACCCAAACUGCGCUGGCUGCCCAAACUGUGCAGUCUACCCCAAUUACCACGUGGGUUCCUUUCACGAGGUGAAUGGGGGCGCCGGAGGGUACUACAGCUACGGCGGGGAGCUGCCCUAUGCGGUGGCGGCGACCGGCGAACCGAGCAGUUACGUGGAUGCGAGCUCGAUGGGCAGGGGGAAGUACCUUUGUAGCAACCAAGUGGUCAGUCUGAACGAGGUCGCUGCGGUUGGCAGGGGGGAGCUCAUCAGAGGUGAGCUUAACAGAGGAGAACUUGGCAGAGGAGAACUUGGCAGAGCUGACCUCAGCAGAAGUGACCUCAGCAGAAGCGCCAACAUGGGGAAUUAUUUUUUUCAUUAUGGGUCAGUGGGCCUCGUUGGGACGCCCCACUCGAUUGAAAACUCGCUGGAGGGUUACAAUUGUGUUAGCACCCCCCCCCGAGGGGGUAUCGUCUCGAGCAGCAUGGGUGCCUAUAUCGGCAGUGGUGUGCAUAGUGCAAAUGGCGGUGCGCGGCAGGGGGUGAACUACGGAGUGAAUUACGGCGUAAACUACGGCUGCAAUUAUGGCAGCAAUUUCGGAAGCAACUACGGAGUGAACUACGGCUGCAACUACGGGGGGGAGCAGUACCAGGGUUAUUACUACCCCCCCUAUGAUGGGAACGUCAAGUGGAACCCCUUCGCAGGGAACCCGAAUGAGAAGCUGAUGGUGGGAGCCGGUAGCCAGGCGAACCUUUUGGCGUUGGAAGGCUACCCAGGGUCAUUGCCCUACGGACUGCAGAUAAGGAACGACAGCAACAUAGACGCGAGGAACUGCACCGACAUUUAUAGAAUCCUCUUUGGAUUGAAGAGAAGAAAAGAAAAGGUAGCAGAUUUUAUAUUUUGCCUGAACGUGUUGUAUAGCCUAUCGGCCAUGAAUGACCUAUCCCUUUCUAGAAUGCAAAUUAGGAUAACCAUCUGUAUGCUUUUGCAAGUGCUGGAUGAGAUGCUCAUCAUUUUCUACUCCAAGGUGAGUAUGAAGGAGAGGGCACUAGACAUAAUGGUAAAAAGUUUUGCAGAUUACCUAUCGGAUCGUAAUGGAUGGGCACCUGGGAAGGGACUUACAAGUGUGCGCGGUGAUGAUUACACUGGUUUGGCGGCUACAGCGGAGGGGGAGCACCUCAUGGGGUGCGCUGUAUGUUCAUCUCCAGGGGGAGACAGUUUGGACUGCAGCGGAGGGAACGCUCCGAAGGGAUCUCCCCAGGGGGGGAGGAGCGCCAUCAUGGGGGCGCUGCUGAGCGAGCAAGUGAACGUCAGCGAGAUCGCGCGGUUGUACCUGUCCUACAGUGGGUACUGCCGGGAUAAGAGGCGCAAAAUCAGGCGCGCGGGGGGGUCAGAAGGGGGCAGCAAAGGGGGGAGGUCAGAAGUGAACCACUCAGUAGAGGCGAACCGCUCAGCGGAGGCUAACCGCUCAGUAGAGGCAACCCCCUCGGGGGAGGAAUCCGCCGGGGAGGGAACCAGCUCGCCCGACGGCGGAAGCGACUGGGAAGAGGCGCCCCCCUGGAGCUCCAACCCCCCCAGCAGUGUAAACAGCUCGGACAUCGAAAAUAUAAUUACGGGCGGCACCACCACCAAGGGAGGAGGAAACCAAUCGGCGGACAGUCUAUACAGAGAUAAAGAGGAAUCCAAGAAAUCUCUCAUGCGAAAGAGCAGCCAAGAAUUUGUCUUCCUAAUUUUGUAUAUCAUAAAUAACAUUUUCCAAACGAGAAAGUAUAGCCUUUAUUUUUGCAAUAAAAAAAGUGAUGACGUUAGGGAAGGCUCCCUAGGGGAAGAGAGAGACAUUGUGGAAGCAUCCAGGGGUAGGGGGACUACACAUGCAGGUGGUGCCUUUAACAAAAUGGAUAGCGGAAUGGUUAGGGAAAACCUUAAGAGGGAAAAGGCCCUUGGGGGAAACUCCACCUGUGAUGAUAUGCCUGAGGAGACUAAAAUGAACGAACUGGGUAGGGGCAGCCAAGGGAGUGAAAAAAUAAAUGUGGAUGAAGGGGGUGGGAAGGAUGAUGGGGGAGGGGGAGGUCACCUCUUGUCCGGAAGAACUGCCGAGAAGGAGUUCUGGUCCGACGACUCGUCCGAUUCUGCAUCAGGCUGUAGCGUGUGUAGUUGCAAAGGGGGAGUCGUCAAGAAGGAGGUUGCUCCAAGUAGGGGCAUGACUAGGGGGUAUGCCAAAAUUCUGAGCGUUAAGAAGAAAAUGAUGGAAGGGGGGGGCGACCUGCUCGGGGAGGAUGCACUCGUGAGGGUGAAGGCUCAGGGGGAUGAAGAGGAGACCACCACGAAUCUGUGUGACAGGGGGGGAGCGGCAGAUGGGGGUGGUUGGACGGGGCAGGUAGCCACUGCGGCGCUUCUCAAGGGGGACGCAAAUGGGCCAAGCGAGGGGGCGGCGUGGCCGAACGGGGAGACCAACGCGUGUGAUAAGCUUAAGAGCAGCCACCUGAGCAGCGUUGGCGGUUAUUCUCCCCCCCCCAGUAGCGAAGUGCCCCCCAUUCGUGAGGAGGGGUCCUCUUCUCUGCAGACUGCCAAUUUUUCCAUGCCGCAGAGUGAGGAGCCGUUCAUGGCUGACGAUAGGCCACCUCAUGUAGGAAGUGUGCCCAACGGAGAUGUCACCCAGCAGGUGAGGGACGACGUAGAUUUGGAGAAAGCACAAGGUGUUGGUUGCACAAGGGAGAGGCUUUACCCAGAAGGGGGGAGCCUAUGCGAUAGUAAUUUCCCCAGUAACGGUUCGAGCGAUGCGCCAAAUGGAAGCGCAGAUGGGAAGGGCCUCCUCAUCAGGCAGAAUAACGAAGCCGUUUGUGGGGAUGACGGUUUUGCAAAAGAGAUGAAGGUGAAGGUGAUGGUGAAGGAAGAAGAGGGUGCUACAAUUGGCGUAGUAGGCGAGCGAACGGAUGACCCACCCGUUCAGAAGGACAACGAGGAUGGGGCUACCCCGAAUGGGGGAAGCGGUGUGGGCAUGCAGCUGCACCCCUUGGAAGGUGCCACUACUUCGAGUAGCCACCAUUUAAGUGACAAUCGGAGCGCAGAGAAUUACGGCAGAGGGGGGGAGCACAAGUGUGAUGACGUUGCUCUUUCUCAUGUAGUUAACAAAAAUGGGGGUGAGGAAUCUUCCCCCCGGCAGAUGAGUAAAAGCAAUUAUGGGGGAUACCCGCAUCCGGGCAUGGUCGAAGGUAUGAUGCAGAGUGGGAAUGACCCCCUUUUGGUGGGAGGCAUGUAUAACAUGACUAGCCACGUGAUCCCAAUGGGAGGCAGUCCCGUAGGUGGAGAGCAAUUCGAGAGGACCUACAACGGCCAGGGGGACGGCAUCCCCUUUGGUGGGAGCCCCUUUAGUGGGAGCCCCUUUAGUGGGAGCCCGUACGGCCAUGACUUCCCCGCUAAUCACGACGGGGUGAUAAGCAGCCUUUACUACGCCCCGAACGGAGAUGAUGGAAGGAAUGGCCAUUCCAGGGGAGACCACCAAAUGAGGAAGCAGGAGGGGGCGACGACAACCCAGAAGGAAACAAUCAGGAAGGAAAAUAACCUGCUGGUGAGCGCCGAAUGUGGGAGCCCAAAUGGGAAAAUCCAUGAGGAGGAGAAAAUUUGCAAAAAGUGCGGCACCGCACGGGCACACACCAGCAAGCGGGAUGGGAAGCGGGACAAUUGGCAGGACAGUACGCAGGACGGUGAGCAAAACCACAAGCAAGAAAUGAAAAGGCUCUUUAAAAACAUGAAAAGGGAGGUAUACGAGGAAAUGAAAAAAAUAUUUAAAGAAAAAAAAAUAAAACAAAACAAACUGCUGCACUAUUUUGACAUAAGCAAAUUUCUGAGCAUCUUUGAAUUAAUUUUUUUAAAAAAUUUCGAAAAUAUUAUUUUCCAUGAGAAGGCCAUACAGAAUAUUUACCUGAACAUGUUCAUAUGUGUAGACAUAUUAAACAACGAAUUGGGAAGAAGCAUUUCCCUCAAGUACAUAUUUUUUCCUUCCCAGUUUUUGCAACGCACAAGUAAGUUGAAAAUUACGGCCCAUUUCGAUCGGAAGAAUAAGCUGUUCAUUCAGUCGGAGGCGCGCACAGGGGGGUCAAGGGAGUUUUAUCACCCGGGGGAUGCUCACUCGGGGGAUACUCACUUUGGGGGGAAUACCGAACGGGAGAACUUAAGGGAGGAUAAAAUAAACUGCUUCCCUAGCCAUUUGGAGGGGGACCCCAAUGGGGAAAACGUCGCACACAAUGGGGCUGCGAAAACGGCAGAGAAAGUCGAAAGGGAAGAGACGGAGGCCCCCCCGGGGAUGGGGGGAGGGACAGACCAACUGAGCGGAAUGGAAUACAGGAAAAAAAUAAAAAAACUGUUUUUAAAAAUAUUCAGAAGAAACAACAAAAAAUAUAAUAUUUAUAAAAAAAUUGAUUACGAGUUUUUAAUGAGAAAGUACAAGUAUAGGGGUCCACUCAAUUGUGAAGAAAAGGAAAAAUUUAAAAAAUAUAUCAUCCUGGAUUUGCACGAAAUUACAAAAAAAAUUCUUUUAAAAGUGUAUAAGCGAGUUAAUAGUCACCUGAACAUUGCCAUAUUGUCCUUAAACAUAUUAACGCACAUUUUGUAUUUAAUUCCGAAGAGGAUGUUACAUGUCUCCUUUAUUUUUUGGAUUUUAAAUGAAACAAUAAAUGUGAAGUGUACCUACACUUAUUUAAGUGUUCCCUUGUGCAUUUUAAAUUACAAUGGAUUUCUUUUCCUCGAAACGAUGAUGAAGCUCAUCAUUCGUAUGAUUGAAAAUGAUGUGAUGCCUUUGCACUCUUACAUGUUGUCCUUCCUUCGUUUGUGUUCCUUCCCAUUGUACAUUUAUCUUUACUUUGAUAUCCCCGUUUCUCACACACUUAUCAUUACGGCCCUGUCUGCGUUGUACUUGCUGGUUACCUACGACCCUGACUUUUUGGCCACGGGCUUUGUCAGUGCGAAGACCGGCGGGGUGCGUUCCUCUAUGGGGAGCUGCGUCAGGGGCGGCGACGACGCGGCGCCCGGGGAGGGAGCCGCCAGCGCCGACCACGUGUGCAAGAAGAGGCGGCUUUCGGACCUGCCCGCCCCGGGGGAGGAUUGCGGCGCGAUCAGCGGCGAGAGGAACGGCGAGAGGAGCGGCGAGAACAUAGGUGACUACACCGGAGAGUGCCCCGGCGACUGCGGCGGAGAGGUGAAGAGCGAAGUGAAGUGCCAUGUGAAGUGCCAAGUGAAGCACGAGGUCAAACGCGAAGGCGCGCAGGAAGAGCCGCGGGAAACCGCGCACGAAGAACUGACGGAGGAGAGGAAGGAGCUCCUCGAAAAAAUCUUCAUCAAAACCAUGUUGCUCUUCCUGAAGAAGUCCAUUUACUUUAAAAGCAUUUUCAACUGCGCGAAUAUAAACGAGAAGGAGGAAAUGCUGGUGGACAGCAGGAGGGUACAAGUCAUUUUAAAAAACUGGAGGAUGCACAGCGAAGAAAUGGAGAAGGAAAAAGAGGAGUUGUAUUUCUCCAACAUUGAAAAUAAAGUUUUCUAUUUACACGACAAUUUGCUUUUAUACGCCUUAGACAAUUUACCCAUUUCUAGCCCUGCCAAGGACAUGAAAAUGUGUGAAAAUAUAAAAAACCAAUUCAUCAAUCAGUACUGCACCACAGUUGCCUUUUCGUAUGACUUCGUCAUGUCUGAGAAUACGGAAGUACAGAGACUUAGCAUUUACGCGCAUUCCAUAGUGCCCAUUUUUUUGUUCCUAUCUUCUCACCGCAUCUUAUGGCAGUGUCUGUCACCCCACAUCCCGUUGCUGACGCAGAUGGCGUUCAUCCAGACGGACAUCAGUCGGUCCCUGUGGGUCAUACUGAAGGAGUACUACUUUAGAAGCUUCAUGCGGGAGAAGCGCAGUGGGAAGAAGCUCGACUCGUGCUUUGACUCCCGGUUGGUCAAGAUUGAGAGGGUGAAGCGGAACGUAGCGAGGUGAAGCGGGAUGCAGCUAGGUGAAGCGGGAUGCAGCUAGGUGAAGCGGGAUGCAGCUAGGUGAAGCGGAACGCAGCUAGGUGAAUCGAAUUGACGCCAGUUGCUACUUCCCCGUGGUUCGCACUCUUUCUUGUUUUUUUUUUUUUUUGUGGAUUUGUACUCAGAAAGAGGGGAGCCCCGCCUCGUCGCACACUGCUAAGGAGGCACCCCCCUUGCCGGGCUAAGCAGAUAGCUGGUUAUUUGCCCGCGUGUCUACCAGCGUGUGAGCGCACAUAUUCACCGGCGUAUUUAUUGGCCUGUUUAUUGGCCUACUUAUCGGCAUGUUUAUCCGCACGCGCACCUACCCAUUGAUUUUUCCCCCCAAACUUACUCCACAUGCGCGUCCGUCAACUUGCUACGUGGCGCGAACUUUGCUACAUGGAGCGCGCGCGCGCGUGUGCACUUUUUAUUUCAAUGAAUUAGACUUCG